AUGUCCUCGAAGUCUUCCCAGCGAUCUCUUCCUUUGGCAUUAUCUUGUCUCCUUCAGCCCCACCUGUUUCGCCGCUUCUUGGGGUUGAAGGCUCUCAUCCCCUCUCGACAACACCGACCAGGACAUGAGUCCAUUUCACAAGAGCGGCACAAUCAAGGUUCAUCUACGCGUCGUGAUCACUCAGGGUCGCCUAUUCGGCCCGCAAUCACCGCACCCGACCAAUCAACGCCAGAGGGGAAGGAUCGAGCAGGAGGAGUAGAGGAAAUAGGUGAUGAUUGUUUCGCCAAUGCUCAGCUCGGCAUUAGCAAACUAGAAAAGGGCAAAGGCAAGCAACGAGAAGGAUCUCUUCCCGACGCUCAGAACCCACUGCCCAAUGAUUCCGCCUCCCCCGAGCUCAACAGCAAAGAGAAUGACGACCUCUCUCUCGGGAAGGAUCCCACUUCCGCAAAAAUGGCUCCAGCGGAGAAUUGCGACACAUUGCCUAAGGUGGUAGGGGUAACCGCUGCACGCAGGUUCCAGAAGACAAAGUCAUCGGCAACAACGAGUGACGCUCUUCCCGCUGCAACACACGCAAGCAGCUCGUCACAGGCGAGUCUAUCGUCGCAAGCGGUACAGUUCAGUACGUCAUCGUAUGUGAUGUCCGGGAAGGCAGAAUCGUCAUUUCAAGAUGCUCGAUCCUCUGCAACAAAAAACGUUGUCAUUUUUGGUCAGAGUGGCGUCGGGAAAAGCUCCAUCAUCAACCUCCUAGCAGGGAAGAAGGUCGCUAAAACCUCCGCAGACCGCAAGCGCUGCACAUUGGAAUAUGAAGGAUACGACGUUACCAUCGAGAACGAGCCGUAUCGCAUCUAUGAUACUGCCGGGGUCGACAGCGACCUCAUGGACCCUAGCGGAUUUCUUGACGCUGUCACCAAUGCUCACAAGUUGAUGAGGGAGCUGAAGGAAAAAGGAGGACCCCAUCUGCUGCUGUACUGCAUGAAGGCGGGCAGGAUACAAGGAGCGUUUGCCACCAACUACAGGUUAUUCUAUGAAUUUCUCUUCGAGAAGAAGGUACCAGUCGCACUUGUCAUUACUCACCUGGAGAGGGAGGAUCCCAUGGAUCAAUGGUACACGCGAAACAAGACAUUGCUUGAUCACCAUGCAGUCAAGUGGAUCGAUCAAGCUUGUAUCACUGCGGACGCAAAUCUGGACGCAAAAUAUGUGCAGAAGUACACCGCGUCCAGAGAAGAAGUGGGCGACUUGAUCAAACGCAAUGUCGACAAGGUGGAGAACUGGAACGAGGGGGAUGGGUUGCUUGCGAGGGUCAUUGGAAAGUCGAAAGACCUCUCAACGGGGCGUCCAAGCAAGUCAGACGUUCUCGGCGUCCUCACGAAGCGCUGCGGGAUGGAAGAGAGUCUAGCAAAAGCCGUGAUUCAAAGACUUAGCAGCUGA